UGUACAAAGGGUAGAGCUAUAUACACUCAGUGUACAAAGGGUAGAGCUAUAUACCCGCAGUGUUCAAGGGGUAAAGCUAUUUACACUCAGUGUACAAAGGGUAGAGCUAUAUACACUCAGUGUUCAAAGGACAAAGCUAUAUACACUCAGUGUACAAAGGGUAGAGCUAUAUACACUCAGUGUACAUAG